UCCGGGGGAGCGAGUCGACAGACGGACUGCAGGAGCGUCGCCGGGUGCAGGGACAGCAGCAGCAGCAGCAGCUCCACGACACGCCGCUCAAAAUGGGAGUCGAGAUCGAGACUAUCACCCCCGGAGACGGAAGGACUUUCCCCAAAAAAGGACAGACGUGUGUGGUGCAUUAUGUGGGCUCCCUGACAGACGGACGGAAGUUUGAUUCGUCCCGCGACAGGGACAAGCCUUUCCGGUUCCAGAUUGGCAAGCAAGAAGUGAUCCGAGGCUGGGAAGAGGGAGUCGUGCAGAUGAGUGUUGGUCAGAGGGCCAAGCUGACCUGUUCGCCCGACUUCGCUUACGGAAACAGAGGCCACCCGGGCAUCAUCCCUCCCAACGCCACCCUCAUCUUUGACGUCGAGCUGCUGGGUUUGGAAUGAGACGAAUCCACAGCCUGUUCCUUUUGUGUUGCGUGACUCCCUACCUGGUCGACCUGGAGAGAAGCUGAGGAGAGUCUGCACCCGAUUCUAAAAGAGGCUCGAGUCUAUAGUUCCACUACUUACUUCAUCGGACGACGACAGUUUGUGUUAUUUUGUCUCUGUGACUGAGUUCAUUACGUUUUUUUUUUUGUUUUUUUUUUGUUCCAUCCUUAUCCUUCCUCUACAAACUAUGGGCCAUAACCUUACGAACCUCCACGUUCUUAAUCUUGAACUUUUGCUUUUCUUUGUGUUUUGUUGAAGUGCUGGUUGUGCAUGGUUACGCUGAGAAGUACAAAAGAUACCAAUGAACCACUUGCAGCGACAUUCAUCUCUCCGGAGUCGACGCGCACUCAUCUUCGGAUGUUUGACGGCUUGUUAUACCUACACAAACAAGAAAAUGUACAAAAGCAAAUAAUGAUACUAAAGAAAUAAAAAAAAAAGCACACAUUUGUAUCCCAGCCUUGAAUUGGAUCAAAUGAAACGAGAUGUUGAACUUAAUAUCUACCUACAGGGAAGUAUCAGGUCAGGGGGGAGCUGGAUGGUGCGACACAGGAGUUUGCUUCAUAAAAUGGGCAUUUCUGUAUAGAACCACUGUGUUUUCUUGUCACUAAAGUUGCUAAGCGAUGCGUGAGAGGGGUAAUCGGCUCAUAGGGAACCAGUCACAGUUGUAGAUAGCUCUGAUGUGUGCCUAAAUAUUCUCAACAGACACGUGGUUAAAAACCCAGCCCUGUCUGCAUGUCGUAGACCCGACGGAACCCUUCGUCUGUACAUGUUCCAAAGCUUUGCAUCCGAUUUAUUAUUGCCUUCUCAUCACGCCAAGUCUUUAAACCCCAUUUAAAGCCAUACACAGGUCGAACAGUGCAAAGACGGGAUUUGCGUCAUCAAUUGGAGUUUUUUUUUUUUUUUGUAGGAAACAAAAAAAAAAAAAGGGAAAUGCUUGAAAUUUACUAAAAGGGGGAAUUGAUCACACUGUGACCUCCCCCGAGCUUAUUUUGUGUAACGACUUCAAUUGUGUAUUUUUCAAAUGCCAACUUUCUAUCUCUGAGAAUCAACAAAGCUAAUGUACGAUGACAGUUUUCUUGUUUAGUUUUGUUUUCUUUCUCGUACCACACUGCCUAACCAAAGUCUGUGUUGUGGUUUAAAAAAGAAAUAUGCUGACACACAGGCGUCCUCGUGGGUUUUUUUUUUCUUUUUUCUUUUGUAUCUCCAAUAAAUAGUUUUAAAUGGAGUUUAAAUGAAGGAAAAUGCUGGCCUGGCUGUCUGAUAUUGACCGUGGCUGCUGUCGAUGUUACAUAUUGGCCGAGCUGCAGCUGGUGUGGUAGCAGUCCACCUCUGUACUGUGUAGUUCUGUGCUGAGACGUUACUGUUCGCAGGCUAAACCAAUGAAGACAUAUUUAAAAUAAAACAAGUGCUCUCCACA